GCUUGGUUGACUCUGUUCGUGCAGCAGUUGGCCCUGACUCGUUUGCACCGACGUCCGAAUCGCCAUGCAGCAAACUAUCUCGAACAAAAUGGCGCUUAAAGCCGUUUGUGUGCUGAGAGGAACCGGUGAAACCAGCGGAACGGUGUAUUUCCAGCAGGAGAGCGAGUUCAGCCCUGUGAAGCUGACGGGACAAAUUGAUGGCCUCACACCAGGCGAGCACGGCUUCCACGUCCACACCUUUGGAGACAACACGAACGGGUGUAUCAGUGCUGGCCCUCACUUCAACCCGCUCCAGAAAAAUCACGCCGGUCCGAACGAUCCAGAUAGGCAUGUCGGCGACCUGGGCAACGUGACCGCGGGUGCUGAUAAGGUGGCCAAAAUCGACAUCACAGACAGUGUGAUCUCCCUCACCGGCCCAAACUCAAUUAUUGGCAGAACCAUGGUGAUCCACGAGAAGGCAGACGACUUGGGCAGAGGUAACAACGAGGAGAGCUUAAAGACGGGUAACGCCGGCGGACGUCUGGCUUGCGGCGUCAUCGGCAUCACCCAGUAAAAACACCACUGCGAAACCAUGGAAGCUUAAUGCACUUAAAAAGACCAACUGAGCUACUGGGCGUGAUUGUUUGUUUUGUUUUUUUUGACCAUUUAAUGAGCCUACAUACAUGUUAUUGUCUGCUUGGACCCAAAAAGAUGUUGUGCACAUGUUGUAAACUGACAGCCAACAAAGAUUAAAAUAAAGAGUUCAUCUUCA